UUACGUGUCCAAAAGUAUAAAUACGCUGGGUUUUGGCGAAUUGCACAAUAAAGCCCUUUUCUCACAGGGAAGAGAAAGAGAAGCAAAACAUAGGCCUAAGGGAUAAGACAGCGGCGUCUGAACUAGGAGGUGCAGCUACCAAACAGGGACAACUCUGAGCAGGAACAAAAGGGACUGUAAACGACUGCACGUUUGCAGGCACUGAUAGUCCAUACUAAUAUAAACGGGUUGUGGAAGAUGUCGCCGAGACGACCAGAUAAAGGGUGGACUUUCGCCUUUGUCCUGUGUUCAGUGUGUGUACACAUGGCCGCCACCAAACUCGGCUCACUCCGAGGUAUCGGCUACAUGACAGUCACCACUGACGACCUCGAGCUGAGCACCAAGUUCUAUACAGAGGUAUUGGGAGGUAUGCAGGUCAAAGAACUCAGCUUCUCUCUUCACGGAGACGACCAUUACUACCGCUACUUCCAGAAAGAGAUUCUGGAGGCACGGACACAAGGUGUGGACCCACAGAGCUUGCAUGUGCCGGACAUCAGUGACAGCGGAGACUACGAGGUGCGUGGGGAAUUCGUCGUUUUCGGCAACGGCAUUAUCCAACUUCAGACCUUCUCGAAGCGAGGAAACCAUAGCGAAGUGUUCAGGGCUCAUGAGCCGCACACCAGCCCAGCCAUUGUUCCCGCACCUCACUUCUGCUUCUGGGUCAAAGACUCGGCCAAUUUCAAUCACUAUAUUCAUGAGCUGGAGGCCAAUGCUGCGAGACUUGGCAUGCCAAACGUCAGGGUCAAUCGGCCCGUUCCGCUGGCGUCCGAGUCUGACCGAGCAACAGUGCCAGAGGAAAAACUGGGAGUGACGUUCACGGACGGAGAUUUCGCUGGUGUUUCAUUUGCGUAUUUCAAGGGCCCCACGGGAGAGCAGCUGGAGCUGUUUCAGAUCCUGAAUCAGUCCCGAUAUCACGUCGGCGAGGAGUGGUGCAAGAGGCGUGCUGUCAGUCCGGCCUUUGUCUCCAACUACAGCGACAACAGUUACAAGCGGAACGCCGGCUACAGCGGUCAGUUGUAUGGACUGUUUCAGUUCGGAACAAGGACAGCUGAUCUGGCCACUUCCGUUAAAUUCUACACCCAAGUGCUCGGUGCACAGCUCAUUCAGAAACCUAUACAGGCUGUCAAUGUGAGAGGAGACGACGCGGCGUACAUGCUAUUCCACAAGGAAAUCUGGGACGCUCUUCGAUGGAAGACCAGUAGAAGAGAUAUCGGCAUUGCAGACCUCUGGGACUCGGGUAACAACAGACUGGACCAUCGCUUUAAUCUCUUCGAUAACUACGUGGUGGAGACCCUCCAAUAUACAGACGGCCGUGACCUCUCGGCUCCUAAGUUCAACCCGCGCUGGAACCACAGCAGCAUGGCAUACUCCGGAGAUAUGUCUGUCAGCUUUCUGAUAGACGAAGCCUCAGACUUCAACAGCGUGGUUCGGGAUGUCGAGGUUUCAGCAAAGGCCAAAGGUUUCACGGACGUUCUGGCAAAUCGACCAGUAAACGUGUCGAGCUUGGGUGAGAGCGUUGGACUUGGGCAGUACAGCCGUCCCAUUGCUUCUGGUCCUCUAAAGGGCCUGAACUAUGUCUUUUUCAAAGGCUGGAGUGGCGAACAUUUUGGAUUCGUGCAGUUCAAGGACGAGGCAAAAGCGAAGUUGAAGGCAGCUCUUCUACAGUACGGCGCUAUGAGCACAGCUUUCCCCGAGACCAACCCGUGGACGAGCGAUGGGUUCGAUCAGUUCUGCUCUGCGUACACAGAUCCUAUUGUGGGAUAAAAGAUUCGAGGUUUCUUUCGAGGCCAAUGAAGAUCCAUGGAGCCGAGCUCGUCAUGAUUUGCAUAGCGGGGGGAAAUAAUGCUGGAUUAUGAUAUGAAAGUUUAAAACAACAACAACAAAAACAACAACAACAACAACAACAACAACAACAACAACAACAACAAAAACCUCUGGUCCGAUGCACCCAAAAUAGUGAAAUUAUUUUUGGGCAGAUUGUUUUUGUGGAAGUGCGGGGAUGUGGAGGAGGGGGGUGGGGUGGUAGAAAGGAAUUGCUGUUCAGAUAUGCCACAUGACGGCUCAGGGUUGAGGGGGUUAGGAAAAUAUAGGAGAGCAUGGAUUUGAGAACCUUAGAAGUCCCUGAGAAAAUGGCAGCUUCAGGAAAGAAUCAAACCUUGACAUAGAUUUAUCAUCGCAAAAGAAAAACCGUAUUGUUCGGAUGAGGGAAUAUUUGAAUACAGACCGCAAUAUUUUUAUGUAACGGAAAAACGUUGGUGUCAGAAUUUGAUGUUAGAAAUGCUAAACUGAUUUUUAAAGCAAAAGUUAAAAAAGAAAUAAAAAAGAAAUCAUAUUAAAAAAAAAAAAAAUUGUCUAUGCACCACAAAAGCCCAAAAUCAAUGUAAGAUUGCAUAUUUGAAGAUUCAAAGAAUUGCACAAAUGGCAUCUUUUUUAAAGUGAGACAUCUCUCAAGGCUCAUAACAUCAUUUAUAUAUUCUCGUAUAUGAUUUUGUAAACCGCUCUCUAUAAACAUACCAACAGAACUAACGAAUAAACCACAAAGACUCCAGAACCAAGCUUAGAGAGUUAUUCUACCCCCCCCCCCUUGACCUAUAUGUAAAAGAGAACACACAACACCAUGGCUUUUACAGCAACAUUAGCUCCCCACAUUAAUUGCAAAGUGGCAGUAAUGUGCUUUGAGUAUUUAAGCGAUCUAACACAACAUCUUUCUAAUCCACUACAUGUCGGAGUAUACUCCAUCUCGAAUUAUUUACGGUCCAUUAAUAAAAGUUAAAGACGGUGCCUAUUUUCUUAAAAAUUGGAGGUAGGUCUUUCAAGACAGCUGCUCGAUCAGAAUAAAAUUCCCUCCCACUAUAUAUAAUUACCACCAU